GUUCUUUGUUGUGCUUUCUAUAGUGAUGAAUUGAGGAAGUGGGAGAAGAUACUUUGGGUCUUUAGCAUUAUUGUACGUAGUAUGUAUGAUCAUCCAUCAACACUGCCGACUGCUUUUCUCGUCAAGAUUGAAAAGAUAUGGUGGUUGCAAUAGCAUCGGCCGCCGUACGAGCGGGAGCAAUAGGGCAAGCAGCAGCCUCAUCUGCUUCUAGAAGCGCGUUCCUCUCCUUCGAUCGCCGCCGGAAAUGGUCUCCUAGGGUUUCGUCAUUCUCCUCCUCGUCUUCUUCUUCUCCGAGAAAGCUGAUAAUGUACUCAAAGCCAGGCUGCUGUUUGUGUGACGGCCUGAAAGAGAAGAUCCAUGCAGCUAUCUCCCUCUCCGAAUCCGCUUUUGAUUUAGAGGUGAGAGAUAUCACGACUAACUCCCAGUGGGAGAAGGCUUACCAGUUUGAGAUUCCUGUAUUGGCCAAACUCCGCCCUGAUGGCACCGAGGAAGUUCUUCCCAGGUUAUCUCCUCGGCUUGGAGUUGAGCUUAUUUUAAAGAAGAUAACAGUGGCGUUGGGUGAAUAAGUGUUUUUCUUCUACUUAUAAAUGUAUCUGUGGAGUUCAAUUGCCAGAAGAAACUGCGAGUACUUGAACGAAGGCACAUGUGAGAUUUGUUUUCAUAUUCGAUCAACAUUGCAGCAGAAUGAGUUUCUAUAUUUCAAUUUUAAUUUUUAAAUAAUUGUGUUCAUAGUGCACUUGUAAAACAGAAAGUUACUCACGGGUGAUCCAAGUUUUGUUGUAAUAACUCUCAGGUCCCCAUAUUUUUAAUAAGACAACAGAAGCCUU